AGGAAAGUGCAGCCAGGCCCCUAAGGCCUUCUGCUAUCAUGGCCUUGAGACCCGAGGACCCCUCUGCUGGGUUCCAGCAUGGCAAUGUGGUGGCUUUCAUCAACGAGAAAAUGUCCAGACACAUAAAAGGCCCUGAGUUCUACCUGGAGAAUAUAUCCCUGUCCUGGGCGGAGGUGGAAGACAAGCUCAGGGCUAUCCUGGAGAACAGCGCAGUGACCAGCGAGGCCAAAGAGGCCUGCGCCUGGGGUAGCCUGGCCCUGGGCGUGCGCUGUGCCCGCAGGCAGGGCCAGUUACACGCUUGCAGGGUGCAGUGGCUACAAGACUUCACCAAACUGCACAAAUCGGCCUUACAAGCCUUGGCCUCCAACAUGAAGGAGCUUACCGCGAAGCACGAAAUGGAGUGCAAAGAGGCAGCCUAUCAGCUGCAGCUGACGCUGGCCAAACUGGCUGAGGUUCAGAAAGAGAAGGAACUGCUGAGGUGGAAGCUUCUCCAGGCUGAGAUGGUGUCUUCCUGGGAAUGGCAGCAGGUUUCAGAGGAGCCAGGCCUGGCUACUACCAGUGUGUUUGGGGCAAAAGGAGCAGAAGCACCCACACCAUCCCCACCAUGGGCAGCCUUCACAGCAGGAGCUCCACCUCAGGCUGCCUACUGGGGCCCCUCUAUGGUGGGGGCCCAGGGAACAGAUCCUCAAGAACCCCAAAGAGACCAGAGAGCCUUUGAGCCCCAACAGCUGAGAAGACCUCCAGCAUCUCACAGGCCCGGGGAUUGGAACUGCUUUUGGUGUAACCCUGUGAAUUUUUCAGGGAGGGAAAUUUGCUACCACUGUGGGAGGGGCACCUGGUUACAGAACCCUUAAAUUCAGAAA